GGUCGGCUCUAGGGGGCGCCCUGAGCGCCGAAGGGCUCCUGAGACGACCUCCGGGGCGCGGCUUGUUCUCCCGCGAUUUCCCAGCUCCCGCUUUACCCCGUCAGCCCCGGCGAACGCUGCUGACCGACACUCCUCCUCUCCCCCCAACCCCACUCCCGUGGGGUUCCCGCCGCCGCCAUGAGGCUGCGGGUGAGGCUUCAGAAGCGGACCGGGCCGCUGGAGGUGCCCGAGGCCGAGCCGACGCUGGGCCAGCUGCGCGCGCACCUGAGUCGGGCCCUGCUGCCCACCUGGGGGUACAGACAUAUGCCAGGGCCUAGUCAACAUUUGGAAGCUGAGUCAAUUCAAGAUGCUAUGGAUAUGGAUGAGGGCUCAGGCUUCUCUCCCUCAGAGCCAAUGCUGUGCAGUGAAGCAGGGGAAGGGCAGGUGCCACAUUCCUUAGAGACCCUGUACCAGUCAGCUGACUGCCACAGUGCCAGUGAUGCCUUGAUAGUGCUGGUCCAUCUCCUCAUGCUGGAGUCAGGUUACAAACCUCAGGGGACGGAGGCCAAAGCAGCGUCCAUGCCAGAGAAAUGGAAGUCCAGUGGUGUGUACAAGCUGCAGUACACACAUCCUCUCUGCGAGGGGGGCUCUGCUGCGCUCACCUGUGUGCCUUUGGGAAACCUCAUUGUCGUAAAUGCUACGUUAAAAAUCAGCAGUGAGAUUAAAAGUGUGAAAAGGUUGCAGCUUCUGCCCGAAUCCUUCGUCUGCACGGAGGAGCCAGGUGAAAAUGCAGCUGAAGUGUACAAAGAUCUUCAGAAGCUGUCCCGCCUCUUCAAAGACCAGCUGGUGUACCCCCUCCUAGCCUUCACCAGACAAGCACUGAACCUUCCAGAUGUGUUUGGGUUGUUAGUCCUCCCAUUGGAGCUGAAACUACGGAUCUUCCGACUUUUGGAUGUUCGGUCUGUCUUAUCUUUGUCUGCAGUUUGCCGUGACCUGCUGAUUGCAUCCAAUGACCCUCUGCUGUGGAGAUGUUUGUACCUGCGGGAUUUUCCAGAGAGCACCAACAGAGCUGGAGACACAGACUGGAAGGAACUCUACAGAAAGAGGCACAAACAGAGAAAAGAAGCGCAGCGCGGGCGGCAUAUGUUCCUGACGACCCCGUCCCACCCCAUCCCCUUCUAUCCCAGCCCCUUGCAUCCCAUGCCCUUUCACCCCAGCUCACUCCUUCCUCCAGGAAUUAUUGGUGGUGAAUACGAUGAAAGGCCCACACUUCCCUUUGGUGGGAAUCCAAUAAACUCCCUCAUUCCAGGGCCUGGGCAGACGCCCGGCCAGUUCCCUCCACUCAGACCACGCUUUGAUCCAGUGGGCCCACUUCCUGGACCUAAUCCCAUCCUGCCAGGGCGCGGGGGCCCCACUGACAGAUUUCCUUCCAGGGCCAGCAGGGGUCGCUCCACGGACAGCCGGCUCCCAUUCAUGUGAUUGAGGAGUAAUCUCACUCUGGAGCUAGAUCUUUUGGUUUUGAAACUACCAUAAAGCUGCCAUCUCCUGGGGGUGCCGCUCUCUAGGGUUACUUUCUGACUAUGGUGGUGAGACUGCACUCCCAGGACCGCCCCCUAGCUGCAUUUGCACCUGCAGGCUCCCCGGGGUUGGAGGUUACUCCAGCAGGCUUGGCUUUGGGAAUUGUUUGCUACUGAUUGCCCUCUUCUGAAUUCCCCUCUAGGGUGGAGCUUGCUGUGCUGAUAGAUAAUGUCUGCUGUCAGAUUAAAAAAAAAUGUAAACUACAUGACAAUCUUGACUUUUAUUCCAGAAAGAUACAUAAUAUUCAGAAACCUCUCACAGUGUUACCUGGACAUGUAAAAAUGAUCGGAUUAUCUG